UGGGAGUUGGAGUUUUUAAAAAUAGAAAUCCGUGGCAGUACGCAGUCGUGUUAUGUUUUGCAGUAUUAAAGAAAGAUCAAAUAACGCGUACCUUUCAAUGAGCAUUACAACCAGGUCAGCGCGACUCAUCUUUCUGCAGAUACUAUUAUUAAAAAAAAUAAUAAUCUAAAAACGUAAUUUCAUUUAAACUCAAGCACAGCUAUAUAAUCAUAAAAAUAUUAUAGGAGCCGAUAGCAGUUUAAAUUAAACGCUGUUUCCUGCUUGUUUCAGAACAUCUGCACGCAAAACAGAUAUGCGUGCAAACUGAAAGACUGUUGGAUAAGGACUGUGGUGGUUGUUAUCCGGGCCACUAGGGGGCGAGGUGUGCCUAGAACAAAUAUUUUAUUACAAAUUAAGGUUAAGAUCUUAAUGACCUUUGCAAUCUGUUUGUAUAAUAUAUCGGUUUUAUACUUGAUGCGGUACUCUCCGGGGAUGGAAAGAAGACUCUCAUCACGUAGCGGCGAGAUGCGGAUUGUUAAUGUAUUGCAGAAAACGCGUUAGCUGAAUACUAAAGUAAAAAGAAAAAAGAAAAAAAUAGUUUCUCAUCUGCUGCAUUCCUCCUGUUGUCCAGUAGGGUGCGCCUGGUGUCUCUGGUACGGUCUGCCGAGGGCAGUUCUCUCUAACAGGUUGUUUAGUAGGAAUAUCAAAACAAAAGCCAGGCAGAGGGGGGCAGGCAAGCAGCAGAGACGGCGAAACAGUGCCCCACCUACAGGCAGAUUACAUCCAGCAGUGAAGGCUGCUGGCAUUAACUGAUCAAAGCAAGCCCGCUGCUGGGUUGUUCUCAGUUUGCGUGUGCUUUAGUUUGUAGUAGCUAAUGUAUUGUUUCCAGUUGGACUGGUCCGGGCAGUUUGCUUAGUGAAAGCUUCGGGGUUGUGUUUACUGGGAGAGGAGGGACUUCACAGCGACGCUUCCCCCCUCGUCUCCGCAAGCAGGCUUGACUGCGUGUGACGCCGGCCAGUUUGCAAACCGAAAAGGUGAAGCCGAGCCUCAGCAGGUGGACUGUGUUUAGAAGUCAGGGUCUGCCUUUGCUACCAGCACAAAACAACGCAACUUCAUCGGCAAGACGACAGGAAGGAAGCCGCCUUGUUUAAAAAAAAAAACAAAACAAACCCACAACAUUCCGGCCAGGAUAAUCCAGUUGGAAAAUAAAACAAAACAAGAUGAUGUUGCUGUCCCACCUGCUGUGAUGACAUCACAGGCACGUUGCCAUAGAAACCAGGGCCCCCGCACACGUAGCUGACUCAUAUCCCCCAUGCCCCUCCCCCUCGGACUGGUUGAAUCCCUGGUGCUGCAGUUGCUGGAUGCUCAGACUUCCGCACAGUAAAUGGCAACGCGGGUGGAGGUGAAGAGACCCGCCCUGGCCCUCUCGGAGCCACGGGAGCGAGUGAGUGAGAGCCGUCUCUCCAGAGCACACGUCAGCCCGCUCACAGACUCCAGCAACAAGGCUCCGGAGCUGGGCCCUGGGGCGCUCAUCCUGCCCGAGGAAGGCAGCAAGCCAGCACAAACCUUCAGCACCGGAGGCAGCACCAGUAACAACAUGCCCUCCCUGGGGCCCAAGCCCAGACUCACCGCUAAACCCUUUGCCCUUGAGAAAGCCCCCAUUAGGCCUAUCGUUGCGCCCAAGCCGGCUCCCAAGCCUAAAGGGGUCCCUGGAAAGCCGGCUCUGACACCGAGUGGGCCGCCGAAGCCGUCGGAAAGCAGGACCGCUGAGCCCCCCAAAUCUGCACCGCUGCCCAAAACCAGGACACUCCCGGAGACAGAAGCCCUCCCCCGGGAUUGGUUCACAGAGAUUGAGCCUCUCAGAGUCACCUUGUACGAGACCGUCACUAUUCAGAGAGCCCAGACCAUUGGGGCUGGACAGCAGGAGCGCCCCUCUGCAGAGACGAGGCGCACGGAGAACCCCAGACCCGAGGGGUCCCCCAGGCCUGCUGAGUGGAUAGCCCAGGCUGAGAGGCGUCCGGCCGUCUUCCCAGGCAGCUCUCUCUCCAGGGCCAAAUCAAUGGGCUUCCUGGGCAAGGCGGAGGUGGAUCAGGACAGCGCGGCCGGUGAGGCAGUGGGGAGCCAAGUGCCUGACAGCCAGGCCUCUGAACCCAGGGUGCGAAUGAGAAGCAAGACCAGGCCUGUGUCUGCUAUGUUCCCCAGUCCAGGCACCGAUCUCAGCCGCGCUGAUCAGGACUCGGAGCCCCUGUCCCAGGCUGAGAAGCCCUGGCUGCGCUCCCCGAGGCCCCUCUCCAUGGACCUGACCGCCAGGUUCGAAGCCAUCGGACUCUCGCUGAACCGGAAGAGUGGUAGCGGCCUCGCGUCUCCCGAGGAGAGCAAGGAGAACAUGCCAGCGGCUCCUGGGAAGCAUUCGGACACGGGUUCAAGAGGCGAGGAGGAACCUGAGCGAAGAGGCUUCCAAAAGAAGGAACCAACAGACGCUCCCGGGAAGAAAGCUGAGAAAGCGGAAGAGCCAAGAUCGGAGCUGGAUGAAGGGUGGAGCACAGAGAAGGCAACGUGGGAGGGCGAGAGGGAAACAGAAGGCCAGGAGGUCACGGAGAACAGAGGCGCUCCGGAGAAAGUGGCGGAAAAAAGCAUUCCAGAGGAGAAGCCUCCCGUUCCUGUCCCUGCUGCCGCUCCCUCUCCCUCUCCCUCUCUUGCUGCGGCAGAUUCUCAGGUGACUAAACGCGAGGAGGAAAACAGGGCUCCCCCUUCUGGUGGGAAUAUUAGGCGGCGCAUCAGCCUGCUGCUGGAAUCCAGCUCAGUGGGCGUGUCUAGUUCACCGGGGGCAGAGUCGUCUCCCCCGGCCACACCCCCGAGUGCCAGUGAGGUCAUCAACGUGGGGAUCAGGCAGCGAAUCAAGGAGCUGAAAGUGGGCAUGCCUGAGGCCAAACCUGAGCCACAGAGGAGGUCCUACCAGCCCCGCCCACGCUCCUCUGACCUCACCAAGCGGUUUUCCGCAGAAGCAAUGAGCCGGGAGACUCUGUCUCUCAGACCCACCGCGGAGAAGACUGCGACAGAGAUGGAGGGAACGAGGAAGGGGCCUGAGAGAGAGAACCAGGACCAGUACAGAAAGACUGAGGACCCGUCCCCUAGCCGGAGCGAGCAGACAGAUUCCAAAUUCCCGGAAUUCUCCUGGAAAAGCAUGAAGUCCACGCGACCGAUUCCUGAAAAUCUUCCGUCGUCGAAGCCUGAGGUGGUGACUCAGGUGGCUCAGAAGGGCAGCAUCCUGGGAGAGAAGCUGCCCCUGGGACCCCAGUGCGAGAGCCUUCCACAGGCCUCCGAGCAGCAGCAACCAGCGGGUAAGAAGCCAGACAGCAAAGCCAGGGACGGCUCCUAUUCCUCCUUCCAGACAGUGAGGGCCUCCCUGUUCGAAAACUAUGUGGUAAAGCACAAGGUGAUGGAAGCCCACAUCUGCUCGGAUAAUUCGAAUCUGAAACAGGAGACCACCGGAGGGAGGAAAGGGGUGCCUGAGCUGGACCAGGGCCAGUCCCCUGACUCUGUCCGCUGGGAGAGGGAGAGAUCUGGAACCUCCACCUCCAUCUCCUCUUCUUCUUCUUCCGAGUCCUUCCGCAGAAGUCUUCCCUACAGAGAUGAAGACCGCAGGAGCUCUCCGUCGACGGCUGCCUUGCAAGAUGAGCCCUCUCCCCUCGUCACCAGGGAGGUUUUGCCCAAAUGCGUUGUGGAGGCUGUGAGGGUCGAUCACGUCUUCGACACCAUUCAAGCGGUCAGCGAGAAGGCGGUCAGCGAGAGCGUGCCGGUCGCCCUAGAGGACAAAGCCAUGACCCUUCGAUCCCGGAGGCCGGCCGCGAAGGACGCCAGGGACAGUGAAAGUCCUUCAGUUCAGAGCCAGGGGGUCAGGCAGCAGCCAGUCCCUGUGAACGCCCCCAAAGGGGAACCAGUGCCAGAGAGAUCCGAUAAAAGGGAGCUCUAUAGGAAGCUACCUGUUGAGGAGACACAGUCUCGGGGUGCCAGCAGGAUGGCCAAGAGCAGGAUAAGAACUGAGGAGAGCGUGACCAGCCAGCAAGCUGUGCCGGAAAGGGUUAAAGUUCCUAAAGAGGAAAUUGUUUGGGGAGUGGCCGAUGAUGGGUCACUGGGAAGCAGAGGGACCAGGGCGAAACCCGAUGAGGGUCCUGCUGAAACCAAACAACCUUCCGGGGGAGCCAAGUACCUGAGGGUGGGGUCGCUGUUCAAGUGGAGGGCCGAAGCCCUGCAGGAGAAGGACGAGUAUUUUAAGAAAGAAACGCCGCACGCUCAGAGGGACAGUUCUCCGGACGCCUACAACUGGAGCUCAUCGGAGAAGAAGCCCCGCUGGUCGGAGGCAGAAUCAGCCGGGCGUCCCUCCACAACGGAAACCCAUUCGCUCUCCAAGGGCGAGGCCAGAACAUUUAAGCCGGGGCAGACCCUCUCCACCCAGGGGAAGACUGCGGUCAGUGAGUUUGAAGAGUUUAGCAGAGCGAAGGAGAACGAAUACCCUUCUGAAGUGCCUGCUGGAGACCACCGCAGGACGGCAGCCUCCUCUGGCAACCGGGGGACUAGCAUGAGGACAAGGGAAUACAGGCUGGCAAACAGUGGAGCUGAGGAAGUCAAGGCACCAAAGAGCUUGAAGACAGCAGACCAAGAUGUUGGGUUGAAGCAGCGUGGCAAUACCAGGGUGCGAGACACUCCUCCCAAGGAGAAGAGAAAAGACUCUGAGCCCAGGGCCACUUAUUUUGCACUGACUGGUCAGAUGCCAGACUAUCCACUCGAAAGCCUUGGAUCCAAAACCACGCAGCAGCAGCAGCAGCCCUCCGAGGGUGUGGGGAUAGAUGUAACCUUUGACGAUUUCUCAGUGAAGUCUUACAGAAGGUGGGGGGCUCAGGGGCAGGUCUUGAACUUGAAGAGGAACCCCUCUUUGGAAGCUGCCUACGGGAAGUCAAAAGUGAAGGACCUGGGGAUUGAAGACGCUCCCAAGAGUUACGAACGGACGGCAGCGGGCAGCAGGAGCGAUGAGGCUGGGGAGGAGACCGGCAAUAAAUCUCAUAUGAGACCAAAGGUCCUGAAUGUGGAUGCAGUGCUGCACGAGAGUAGGAGGGACAGCCCUGAAUCAGAAAAGCCUGCCUGCCCAGACCCGCAGAGCUACCAACCCCCUCGGGGCAGCCGCGAGAUGGAGGUUGACGGGGUAACAAAGGGGAACGCUCCCACCUCCAGAGCUGAGGAAGGCUACAGGAUGGAAGUCCUGGAUAUUGAUGCCCUAACUGCGGAAUACAAAGGCAUGUCCCCGAAGGUGACUGACCCCUGGCAGAAGAGGCUCGAAGAGGAUUGCUAUCCCCUAGCAAGGACUUCCAGGGGUUCAUCGCAGCCUUCCACAAACCUGGACAGCCCCAGUGGGGCCAGGACCUACGCGGCUUACCAGCCUAGCGACCUGCCCAAGCCGGAACCGCAAAAACCAACCGGCUUUGUAGAUUCCUAUUCCAGGGAGGAAAGGAGGGCUAAACCUGACUACAUAUACCCGGAAACCACAAGGCAUUCUCCCCUAGAGAGAAACUCCUCCUUGGAAGAUGUUUAUGCUACAAGCAGGAGCUCGGAGGCGGACUGGAGACUGGACUACAGGAGGGACACCCCCAAACCUUCCUGGGUGCAGCAUUCGGAGUCUGUCAGGGAUUCAGAUCACGGUGCCGGCAGGGAAAAGAGGGUUGGGCAUGCGGUGGAUGAAGCCCUGGGUAGCCGACUCAAACAGAGGGUCAAGGAGCCCAGGGAAGAGGACCUCUGGCUGCCCUCUGCCAAGCCGGUCACUAGCCAGUCAACCAGGCUGGAGAACGACUGGUACAUUCCCAGAGUGUCUGUGAGCAACGAGAGGCACGGCCAGGAGUCCAGGUCCUAUCUACCCAGAGAGACAGCAGCGUCUGCCCGGGCCCCUUACGAGGCAGACGCGAGGAGACAGUCCAGGAAGAAGGAGCAGGAGUUAGAGCCCCACUAUCCUGAGCCCAGGAAACAUGGGUACCCGCCGGCCCAGGACAGCCCUGUCGCCCCAGCGGAGUCCAGCAGGGGGAGGCAGAGCUUCCCUCAGGAGAGCGGGCUGAAGAGGAGCAAGAGCAUGCACCGUCCGCGGGCCCUCGCGUGGGGAGAGAAGAAGGACUCCUCUCGGGAGCGCUCCAAGAGUUCCUCGCGGAAGAGUUUCGGAGCGGAGGACACCCUCGAUGGCGCCUCUCUGACCCGAAUGAGGGCCCACAGCAUGAACCGCGAGAGGACCAGCGAGCGGGGCGCGGACCAGCUGAAGCAAUGUGUCACCAAGCCGAGCUCUGACUCCAAGGACACAGACACGCUGGUCCAUGAGGCUGACAGCCAGUAUGGCACGUGGGACACGGGACUCCGCACUGAUGACAGCCUCACGCCUGCCACCCCGACGGGGAGCAGCAGCCCCAGCGCGUCUCUGCGGAGACGAACCCCCGACCGGGACUCUGCGCUGUCCCUCUCCUCCAGCACGCCGGGCGAGCUCGUCGAGACAGCCUUCCCUGACCAGCCCACGUCGUUCCUGGACUCGAGCGCUCUGAAGACCCGGGUUCAGCUGAGCAAGAAGAGGAUCAAGCGCACCCUGCCCUCGCGCUCGGUGCGCCUCAGUGGAGUGCCAGCAGGGGGCGACAGGCUCUCAGUCCUGCUGGAGAACACAAGGGCAGAUGACUGGAUGUUUAAAGACUCCACAGAGGAGAAGCCAGUGCGGCAGGCUGAGGAGGAGGACUCGGACGAGGAGGAGAGACCCAGGCGGAGUGAUCGAUCCCCAGCCUUGCAGCCACAGAGAGUCCCCCUCUUCCCUGGGAUGGACCCCUCUGCUCUCAAGGCGCAGCUGCGGAAGAGAAAAGACUCGGACAGUCCAGCAGAGGGUUCCCCUUCCUCCCAGCUCCCCAAAUCCCCCUUCUCGCAGGGGACUGCUGGCUGCAGAGUGCUGCCACCUGCUGGGGGCAAAGAGAAUGGCUCGGAGGAGAUGUCUCCGCAGUGGAUGAAGGAGCUGAAAUCCAAGAAGCGCCUCAGCCAAUACGAGAGCAACCCCUAGGAGGGGUCACAUUAAACAAGGAAGAAGUGGGAGGAGUUUUAACAGAAGCCUUAACCUUUGACCUGGACAUGAAUUCACAAUCUGCUGCUGCUGAUGCUGCUGUCGGGACGCCUCCUGUCUCGAUUUGCUAUGUGCAUGGUGCCUUCUUUAGAAAUAUUUUUGUGGACAAAACAGAGCUGCUUUAUGUUUGUACAGUAAAUGGCUAUAUUCCAGGACAUUGGAUUUUAUGAGCUGCAGUAGAGUACAAACACAGAACAGGGGGACCCAGCUACCCCACCCAUGCAGUAGCACUUCUGCGGGGUCACUCCAGUGGAACUCGAACCCUUGACCCCCCGGAAGUAUUCCACGCAAGCCGCCACCGAGAACGGAAAUGGAUGUGUUCGUUUACCCAAGAGAAAGUGACUCUCGUUCGUCUCCAUCUUUUUCAUUUCUCCUUGUUUGUUUUUUUUCAGCCCAGGUAUGUAAGAGGUCGCUGUAGUUUUAAUGUUUUAAUUCUCCUUCUUUUUUUUACUUAUUUUAAACGUGCAAAUGAACAAAACAGUGUUGAAAGAACAAAACAAACAGGGUUUACUGCCGUGUGCGUGUGUGUGUGCGUGCGUGCGCGUGCGUGUUUGCAAUGGCUGCUAAAGAACAUUUAGUCAGCACUGGGACCUGCAGACAUGACUACACAAUGAUCUGUGAAACCUUUAUUUAAACAAGCAAGGAACAUCUAUCUAUCUAUCUAUAUAUAUAUAUAAUUAGAAACCAGCAAGAAUACGGUUAAAAAGAAAAUCAAACAAUCUCUUUCUUUCUUUCUUUUUUCAUUUGAAAACAAAAGCAAUAAUACCUUUUUGGAAAACAUAUGUUUUCAGAUUUUCUUUUUGUAAAAACAGCAAGGUUGUAAAUAUGUUGUCAUUUUUCUAUUUUUCUGUUCGUUGCUAUUAGCUCGGGGGCGUGGGAAUGCACUGCAGGUAGAGCUGUAUCUAAGGGAAGCCCACACACCCGGAUAUCCUGGGUCUGGCCUGGGAUAGAGGGGUUCUGUCUGUCCUUGCUUUAUUAAUCCUGUGUAAUGUCCCUGAUGUGUGUCUCCCCCCCCCAUCCCGCUCCCAUACCCCCAUACCCCCUCCCCCAUCCCUCUCCCGUAACCCCUCCCCCAUCCCUCUCUCAUACCCCUAUACCCCUCCAUCCCUCUCCCAUACCCUGAUACCCCUCCCCAUCCCUCUCCCAUACCCCGAUACCCCCUCCCCCAUCCCUCUCUCAUACCCCUAUACCCCCCAUCCCUCUCCCAUACCCCGAUAUCCCCUCCCCUCAUCCCUCUCUCAUACCCCGAUACCCCCUCCCCAUCCCUCUCCCAUACCCUCACACCCCUCCAAUACCCUCAUACCCCCAUCCCUCUCUCACACCCUCACACCCCUCCCAUACCCCCAUCCCGCUCCCAUACCCCCAUACCCCCUCCCCCAUCCCUCUCUCAUACCCCAAUACCCCCUCCCCUCAUCCCUCUCUCACACCCUCACACCCCUCCCAUACCCCCAUCCCGCUCCCAUACCCCCAUACCCCCUCCCCCAUCCCUCUCUCAUACCCCAAUACCCCCUCCCCUCAUCCCUCUCUCACACCCUCACACCCCUCCCAUACCCCCAUCCCGCUCCCAUACCCCCAUACCCCCUCCCCCAUCCCUCUCUCAUACCCCAAUACCCCCUCCCCUCAUCCCUCUCCCAUACCCUCACACCCCUCCCAUACCCUCACACCCCUCCCAUACCCUCAUACCUCCACCCCCCAUACCCCCGCACAAUCCAGGGAGGAGAGCCUUCAGAUGGUUGGCUGGUUUCUGACUUUUAUUAUCCAUUUUUGUGUACAUGAUUGAUUUGAAUUAAAUGUUGCGUCUCCCUCCAAACUGUGUUGCUGUAACGUUUCUCCUGGCAUGAAAUACUUCAUCCGUGUGCUUUUAACACUGAAGUGCACAUUGUGCUUUCAGACCUCUCUGCAGAGACGUCACAUUCUCAUACUUUUUGUAAUCCUUACCGUUGUCAUCUCGUCCGUGCCGCAAACACACUCUCGCACACACACACUCCCCAGGCAUUUCCUGUGCUGCGCUCACACAGCAGAAAGAUGACCGCAGUGCUGUCUGUCCCGACACAGCGCUCCCCCGGGUGUCAUGUAUGUACACACACACACACACACACACACACAUUUCUAAACCUCAGCCUUCACAGUGCCUAACCCUGCAGUGUCUAAUCAGGGAGAAGCGAUCCAGGACGUGGAAGCCAUCGCAGCCUCGCUCGUGUUGUGUGUUAGAGUCCUAGCUCUCCUUACCUCUGUGCUGCUUUCUCACUGAAAUUCACUUGGAUUAUUAUGUUGUUUUUUGCCUUUAAAAUGAAUUGCAUUGGGAUUACUUUACAAAAGCACUGUCAUGCUCGGAAAGCCUCGUUCCUUCAGCCUAACCAGAGCGGAAUGCGCUUUACAGUAACAGGGAUGGAGCUUCGAUGGGCGUCUUUACCCGCAGCGUCAAACCAGCCUGGAGUUGUGCUUUUCAGGUUUUUUUCCAAUCCAGAAACCGCAGGGCCAGGGUUUAUAGGGUCAAUAAGGGGAAAGGAGCAGGUGUUGGACGUGGAGAGGAAGGUAGAGUCGCAGGAUUCACCUUCCCCACAAACCUUUCCUCCCCGUCUCCCCAAACUCCAGGGCUAGCAAGAGCACAAGAGUCCUCUCCUGCCUGUGCUAAGAGACUGCAGACAGCAUCAGGACCAGAAAUGGGAAUCUUUCAGAUCAAAAUUGAAUAGAAUUAUUAUACUUUUUAAGAUAGGAAUGUUGGUGCAUAUAUAUAUAUACAUUUAUAUAUAUUGCUCAAGUCAUUGUUAAAUGUUUAGAGGCUUUUAAAAUGUUUUUAAUUUUCACAAACCGUGUUUUGCACACUUUGCGAUUUUCUUUUAAAAUGCCAUAAUUCUGUCAAAUUUUUGGGACAUUGUUAAUAAAUUUUUGGUAUCAGA